AGGAAUCUGUUGGACCGAGACACUUUCUCCAAAUCUGACCCUUUGGUUGUGUUGUACACCCAGGGCGUAGAGACCAAACAGUGGAGAGAGUUUGGGAGAACAGAGGUGAUAGACAACACGCUAAACCCAGACUUUGUCAGGAAGUACAUCCUGGACUACUUCUUCGAGGAGAAGCAGAAUCUGCGCUUUGACGUGUAUGAUAUUGAUUCUAAAAGUCCAGAUCUGGCAAAGCACCCAACCGAAUUUAACGACUUCCUGGGACAGGUCUUCUGUACGCUGGGAGAGAUCGUGGGCUCACCUGCCAGUCGCUUGGAGAAACCGCUCGGUGGUAUACCCGGGAAGAAAUGUGGAACUGUUAUCUUGUCUGCGGAGGAGCUUGGAAACUGCCGAGAUUACGCCACCAUGCAAUUUUGUGCCAACAAACUGGAUAAAAAGGACUUCUUUGGAAAGUCAGACCCCUUCAUGGUCUUCUACAGAAGUAAUGAGGAUGGCACGUUCACUAUCUGCCACAAGACCGAGGUGGUGAAGAACACACUGAACCCUGUGUGGGAGCCCUUCUCCAUCCCUGUCAGAGCGCUCUGCAAUGGAGACUAUGACAGACAUAGAGUGGUGAAUGCCAAGAAGAAAAUAAAGAAGAAGAGAUACAUCAACUCUGGGACGGUAUCCUUGUUGUCAUUCAGUGUAGAGUCAGAGCACACCUUCCUGGAUUACAUCAGAGGCGGGACUCAGAUUCACUUCACAGUGGCCAUUGAUUUCACAGCAUCAAAUGGAAAUCCAUCACAGUCCACUUCACUACACUACAUGAACCCAUACCAGAUGAAUGCCUAUGCCAUGGCCCUGAAGGCAGUUGGAGAGAUCAUCCAGGACUAUGACAGUGAUAAGAUGUUCCCUGCCCUAGGAUUCGGUGCUAAGCUGCCCCCUGAUUGGAGGGUUUCCCACGAGUUUCCACUGAAUGGCAACGUCGACAACCCGUACUGUAAUGGUAUGGAGGGGAUUCUUGAAGCGUACCAUCAAAGCCUUAAGACAGUUCAGCUAUAUGGACCCACCAACUUCGCUCCUGUUGUUAAUCAUGUGGCAAGGUACCAACGCAAACAUCUGUCCCAGCAGCCAAACUCCCCAUGUCUAUCAUCAUUGUUGGAGUUGGCCAGGCUGAGUUUGAUGUUUGUACCAUUCAGAGACUACAUGGACCGCACAGGUAACCAUGUGCUGAGCAUGGCUCGACUGGCUAAAGACGUACUGGCUGAGAUCCCUGACCAGCUGAUCUCCUACAUGAAGAGCAGAGCCAUUAAACCCAACCCUGUGCCAGUGUAUUCGCCCAGUGAUGAGCCGCCGACCAACCCCGUGUGAGCCCCUCCCCGCCCACACACACAAAGCUCUGCGUCGGGCAGAGCAAGGUUGAGAUUGAUGGGAACCCGUCUCCACCAACACUUCUUUGAAGCAAAAAUGCUUUUGAGGCCCUUCCGUAAAUAUUAAUCCAGCGUAACACAAAGAUGAUGAGACUCCAUUGUGGUUUGGAGCAGUGAGACUGCAGAGGGGAACCUGCUAUGAUGAGGGAGCUUACUCUCUCUGAGUGCUUGAGGACCGGAGCGCUGAGAGACCGCUAUGAAAGGAGCUUUCAGUUGUUCACUGUCUAACCUGACAAAAUGGUGAUGUAAUGGAUAGCAAGUGAUCCCAUAAAGAGGGCCUGUUUGAAGGCAUAAAUAUAUUAGGAUGUGCCAGUGUGUAUCAUGCUUGUGAUACCUUUUGUAAUCAAUGUGUGUAAACUAGGAAAUCAUGUGUAUAAUAAUUUAUUUAUUUAUUGCAGGAAUGAUCUGUUCAUUUUAGGGGGUAUUAAAGUCAUAUUUCCCCAGAAGUUUUCCACCUUAUAUUUUGUGACCAGUAUAAUAAAAACGACCCCCAUUUCUACUUUGAUAAGGACUGUAAUAUAAGAGCAUGUGACAAAACCCAUUCAGCAGUUUAUUAACCAUGUACACCUAUGAAUAAUCUUUAAUUGCAAGCUAUAAAGUAGAGCUCCUCCUGCGAGCUGUUGCUAUAUAGAUAUUUUAGCACCAUGUCUUAUACAUCUUUCUUAUAUUUAUAUUUACAGAAUGCACUAAAUAUUGUCCAAAUAAAAAGCACAAAGGCAAUAGUGGUGAUAAGCUAAAACAAAACCUCUUAUUUUGAAAGGACUAGCCACAAUGACAAUAAUGGAAAGGGCCCUGAAUUUUUUUUGACAGUCUUUUUUUAUUUUAAAUAGGAUUAUCACUACUAUUAUACUGAUAUUUAAAUUAACUUGUAUCUAUCAUAAAAACAAGCACAUACUCACUUUUCCAUGUAGUAUGCAAGGAAAUGUAGAUAAAACUAUUCUCAUGCUGCCAUCAUUUUCCAUCUUGCUACUUCUUUCCAUUAUGUUUGUUGUGGUGACAGUUUAAUAUCUGAGAUUUAGUUCAGUAUUUUUAAAGGAGAC